AUGAAUCCAUCCAAUCCUACGUAUGUUUUUAAAACAAGCACAGUUUCACUAAAUAUUGCUUUGAACAUGCAGCAGUCUGCAGAUCAUUUUAUGCGAAAAGAGUACUGCUAUUUUGACGGUACUCAUUCUCGUUGUCAUGGACUUAAGACACUGACAUUGUGGACUUAUCAUCCUUUGCUGCGUAAACUUGUAAAACUUGCCACAAUGGAUUGCGAAAGAGAAAACCAAGAAUGCAUUUCGCUUUUUUGGAAGCUGUGGAAUGAUGCCCUUUCGGAGAUUUCCAAGAAUCCUGCCUACACAUUUGACCCAAAAGGAUGGUGCAUGGAUGAAGCAGGGGCUAACUGGUCCGCAAUAGAGGAGGUAUUCGGAUCAGAGGCAUUGUCUAAAUGUAAAUCUUGCGAAUUUCAUUUUAAAGAUUGCAGAAACCGACACAGACGAGUGCUGUCGACACAAGAAGAAAAAGAUAAGUUUACUGAGCUAACAGAUCGAAUGCUUUAUGCCACCACCACUUCAACAUAUCAAAAAAAUUUAAUGGAACUUCUUAACUUUAUUGAUGAAGUUAGAAGACCUAACCUUAAGUCAUGGGUUAACUGGUGGCAUGAUAGGCGGGACCAUAUAUUUCGAGCUUGGCGCCCAGCCAACAACCCUCCAAACACGAAUCUUGCGGAAGUAGGGCAUUCAAGUUGGGCUCACCAGGGAGCUAAGAACCUUGAUUUAAUAACUGCUGCUAAAGAAGACAUCACAGAAAUGGUGAGACUCGAAGUUUCCAUACAAACAUUUCAAUCAGGAGAAUCAAAACCUGGAAAUGGCCCUAGUUUUGAACAGGGGAUUUGCAAGAGUUACUAUGAGCAACAGCGAACUGCUAAAGAAUUUGCUGAUCAACUUUGCUCUGGAUUUACAGAAAUUUCGCGAUCUGUUACACAUCGAGUUGAUCAAUCUGCCAGCCAUAGAGCAGAUAAAGAAGUCCGCUCAGCACACACAAGAACAAGGCAUUCUCAAGAAUUUACCAGAUCUUUGGAACUCGCUAAGCGUUAUAGACUCUGCGUAACAUCUGUCGAUUACCGAACAGAGGUUAACUGCAGAUUUGUUUGCAAAUGCCAUGACGAUGAUAUAAUUGUUACGAUCGCACACAAGCCACUAUGCUUAAAAAAUGGAGACAUUUGUAAAUACACCAGAAACGGGACACAAGUUUGUAGCCAUAUCUUAUACGUAUUGCUGAACAAGGUUGGACUAGAAGAAGAUGAUGGAAGACUCGACCAGAUUGCGUAUACAACUAGUGAAUUAAAGUCCAUGCUGGCUAAAUUUGCAACCAAAUCGCCGUCCCAUGUAUUAGUUGGUCAGGCAUUAAGUGCCCCAGUACCGACUAAAAAGAGUAGCGAGUGGAAACUGCAAAGGAUGCCACUCCAGGGUGUGGACCUAAGCCAAAAUGUAAAGGCUGCAGCAAGCGUGUUUUUAUGA